AGGGCACGGGAGGAGCGCAGGGGCCUAGAGGGCUCCACGAAAUCUGUGCGAGGCUGGCGGCCGGCAGCGAGGCGGCCGGGGUGGACUGGCCCGAGAGGGAGCCCCAUUCCGGGAGGAGGCCGCCUCGAGGGCAGACAGACGGCAGGGAGGGCCAGCAUGCCCCCACUGCUUCACCCCGCCCUGCCGCUGCUCCUGAGCGCCACGCUGACCUUCCGGGGGCUCCGGAGAGCGCUCUGCUGCCUGCCGCUGCCGGCGCACGUGCGCGCCGACCCCCUGCGCACCUGGCGCUGGCACAACCUGCUCGUCUCCUUCGCCCAUUCCAUCGUGUCUGGAAUCUGGGCGCUGCUGUGUAUAUGGCAGACCCCGGAGUUGCUGGUGGAGAUUGAGACGGCAUGGUCGCUUUCUGGCUACCUGCUAGUUUGCUUCUCCGCAGGGUAUUUCAUCCACGACACGGUGGACAUCGUGAUUAGUCAUCAAGCCCGAGCUUCUUGGGAAUACCUGGUUCACCACGUCAUGGCCAUGGGUGCCUUCUUUUCAGGCAUCUUUUGGAGCACUUUUGUCGGUGGGGGAGUCCUAACAUUGCUGGUGGAGGUCAGCAACAUAUUCCUCACCUUCCGCAUGAUGAUGAAGAUCAACAAUGCCCAGCACCUUCUCCUCUACCGGGUCAACAAAUAUGUCAAUUUGGUCAUGUACUUUCUCUUCCGCCUGGCCCCUCAGGCCUACCUCACGCACUACUUCUUGCGUUAUUUGGGCCAGAGGACUCUGGGCACUUUUCUGCUGGGUAUCCUGCUCAUGCUGGACAUCAUGAUCCUCAUCUACUUUUCCCGUCUCCUCCGCUCAGACUUCUGCCCUCAGCGUGUCCCCAGCCAGCAACACAAAGACAAGUUUUUGACUGAGUGAGAGGCACAAAGCCUACAACUUGUGGCAAGAGCAAACACAGCCAAGAACAGAGCCUCACACAUAUAUGAAAGAAUUAGCCCCAAGCCUGGGGCAUCCUGGGGAUAACCUCUCCACCUUUCAAGUCUGCACCUACUAUUGAAAAUGCUAAUGAAAGCACUCCUCCGAAGUCCUUGUCCUUUCUUGGGCAAGGGGUGAGGAAAGCAGACAGACCGGUUGGACAUGCUGGUUGGGUGCGGGGACAAGGUGCUAUGAAAGGCAGCCAUCCCACACUGCCCUGAAGUGGAUGCUAAUGAGAAUUGUGUAUUGUGUACUGGUUUCAUACAAAGCCUCUUCCAGGGAUAAA